CGGGCUACCGAAAAUAAGUUGAAAUAUUGCACAAACCGGGAGGAAACUCAAACUGUCAGUGUCAACUCAAUUUUUAAGUUUAAAACAAAAUUAUAUUUUAAAGAUUGGAUACGCAUGUAUGUAACAACAGCUUAAUGUGGAGAUACCCUAGUUAUUAUAGCACAUUACAUCGUUCACAGGACAACAGCUGAACGGGAAUAAGUACUUGUAUGUUCACAAAACCAGUAACAAGAUGACAUUACGACAACAGAAAUUUGCAGAGGAUGUCAACACCGCUAUUGCACUCUGUGAGCAGUACAAAUGGCCAUUUACAGACUUUCAUCAGACAGAUAAUUCCUUGUCAUUUGCUCUCACUAAGAACAACAUAAAACAACUCAUUACUGUGUGGAUAUCGGAGGAUUAUCCAGAGAACACACUGAUUACUAGGCAAGACAAACCGGAGGACUCGGAGCACAGCAGUGACACCAUCAAAACAAUCAUCAUAGCUCUCAAUAAAGAGGUUAGCAGUGGAGGCAUUGAGAGAUCUGUGAGCAUGGAGACAGACGAAUCGAAUUAUGAAGACUGUCAGGCGGAAUUCAGCUCAGAUGAUGGGGAGGAUGUUGUAGAUGAUUACUACCAGUUAGUAGAGGAUACAAAUGAGGAUGUGGAAAUAAACCCUGUACUUGCCUUGGAUAUGGAGAAAUUGACACGAUGUUAUGGUGAUCAUGUGAUGGACUACAGAGCCUUAGAAUCCAUUGAUGAAAUUGACAUUGAGAUCAAAAUCAACCUUUCGUCCUUGUUAGAGAGAGAGGUGGCUGAAGCAUGGAAUCUGGACCAGAAGCAACCGGUGGUCAUCAGACUAAACCUGUCACUGACCAGGUACCUGGACACUCCCAGUCCUCCUAAAGUACAAGUGCUGCAUUCCUCCAAAAGUGGCAUUGUCAGUCAGCUGCAAAAGAUUUUGAGCUACUUCGUCAAUGACCAAUGGCCUCGUGUUAGUAACUCCUCACUACAGCAGAUGUUUUUGGAGGCAGAGCAGAAGACACAGACAACCAUUCAGAAACCACAGCCAAGUACAGAGGAGUCAGUGGUGACAGCCAAUGAUAAAAACAUCGCACGUCUGAUGGAGAUGGGGUUCACAGCUGACCAGGCUCUUAACGCUCUCGCUGUCAGUAAUGGAGACCUGUUAUUGGCUGUCAAUUACCUGAUGGGUCACCGAGUCAGCUCUCAGGGAUCAACAAGCACAGCAUCAAACCCCGAGUGUUCCACAUCUUCAGGUCCCAGUGGUCAAUUACUUUAUCAUCGCCAGAUAUCUACCCCCCUCAGCAAAAAACGCAUCAAGAAAGUCAGUCGACUGCACUCCGUGGAACCUAAAUCUGUUGAGCCGGAGGUCAUUGAUUUGACUGGGGAUGGAGAUGACCUAAAUUUGAUGCCUACAUCCACAUGGUUUGGGAGAAAUUCCAAAAGAGUCCCGAGUCCAAAUUUAGGGUUUCUGAUCCAGGUGUACCAAUAUGCUAAACAAAGAUUACCCACUCUUAAUGAGUUUUGUGUUGUCUGUGAUGAUGCUCAUGUCUUUCAAAACGGAGCUAUGUUAAAGCCAUCGGUGUGUUCUCGGGAACUGUGUGUGUUUGCUUUUCAAACGCUCGGUGUUAUGGCGGACGCUGCCGAGUCUGUAGCUACAGGAGCAGAGGUAGUAGAUUUGUUGAUUGCCAUGACCCGGGCGGCAUGCAAUUCACCGAGAAAAAAUGCCAUUUUUUCACCAUAUCCCACAGUGGUUGAUCCCUCCCGUUCCACGGAGCUGGCCCUCAAUCCAAAGGAAAAAAAUUACGACAAAGUAAAAAAGAUCCUGCAGUGCAUCCCACCGACUGAACAACUGGUGAAAACCGACUCCUCAAAGAUUAAGAAGAGUUUGGAUGAACAGGACAAACUGGCUUAUCCAUUACUUCAGUGGGUGAUUUCAAGUAACAGAUCUCAUAUUGUAAAGCUACCAAAGGAGAGGCGUUUGGAGUUCAUGAGAACCCCUCAUCAGUAUUUGUUGCUGAACAGUCCUCCAGCAAAGGAGAAGGUCUUCAGAGAUCUGAAAAAACAGCAUGGGAGCACAUUCGCCUUUCAUGGAUCUGGUAUUGAGAACUGGCAUUGCAUCAUCAGAGAAGGUUUGAUAGUAGCUUCCGGAACAAAACUGCAGGUAAAUGGAGCCGCCUAUGGAAAAGGAAUUUAUCUGAGCCCUAACUCAUCGACAUCAUUUGGAUAUUCCAGGAUGGGCUAUGGCUACAAAAAAACUCCACAGAAUCGAUUGUCCCAGGCACGUUUCCUCGAUCACGGAGUCAGCAUGACAUGCAUUGCACUGUGUGAAGUGAUCACACAUCCAUCCCUGAAGAAGUCUGGCAGUAUCUGGGUGUCUCCGGAGUCGGAUUAUGUGUGUACCCGCUUCUUUUUCGUGUAUGAGAGCGGGCAGUCUGGGGAAGAAGUAGAUACACAGAACCAGAAAUAUCUGAAGCUCAUCAUGACAGCUGUUAACUACAGGGCGUAAUGUGUAGACUGAAGCGGGCCAGGGAAUCAUCAGUCUAACUCUAAUUACAUUUCACAUACUCACUUUGCAAGCAUUUAACGACAUCACAUUGAAGGUCACAUUCUAAUGAUCCAAGGCAAUGGAUAUUUAUGAGACUUCACCAGCCAAUCACAUGACUGCAAAUAUUGAAGAUUUGUUUUUACUUUUUGUUUGCACAUUCAGUUGACAUCUUCAUAUCGCCUCAGUCACUCAGUGACCUACUGGGAUUAAUGGAUGUCUGUUGAGAGUCUGUGUUCAUAGUUACAAUGUACGAUGUCAUCAUCAAAUCUUGGACGAGUAAGGAUGUCUCUACCAAAUAGUGAAAUUCUGAUCUUUUCAUCUCUAUUGUGUUGUUAAAAAGAUUUCGCACAUGAAAAUUUUGGUAAGAUACACCAGUCCUCCAAACAACCAGCAGCAGUUUCAUUGGGUGACAAAAAGGUCGCGCUCAAGUGAUCGGAUUGGUAUGUUAGAUCCUUGUGUAGCAAAGGGGAUUGCUCAUGCUAAAGAUAUUUUUAGCUCCUAUGAGCUUUCAGCUUAAGUGAACUUCUCUGAUCACUUUUGUCCAGCAUCUGAUUGCAAACUUUUAACAUUUUUGACUUCUUCUCCAGAACCAUAUGGUUUAUAUCAGCCAAAUUUGCCACAAAGUAUCAUGCUUAUCGUAUGGAUGCUUAUUGUAUUCAUCCCAUCUGUCAGAAGCUUGAUCCUUGAUAAUUUUGAAUUGCAAUUGAUAGAGUUCUCAUAUUUCAUAUGUGUAUUCCUUUUGACAAGGCCUUUAUUUUGUACCAAAGUUAUUUACCUUGUGACUGUGAAGUUUGAUUUUGACCUACUUUUAAAGAAAAUGUAACCUAGGCAAUAUUUUCUGAAGUAUUUAGGGCUUUCAUAUUUUGUAUAUAAUUUCCUUAUUAAUGGCAAGAAACUUCAUUUGAUGCUAUGAUGUUUAACCUUGUGACCUGGGAGUUUAACCCAAAUUCCAAAACUUUAACCGAGUUUGCAGAUUAGUUUUGAAGGGGGAUUGAUGCGUCUUUCAUAAUUCAUGUAUACAUUCCUUGUGACAACACCUUCCAUUUUGGUACCAGAGUUUUUUUUACCUACAUUGUACAAAAAUGAAAAGUUCCCUAAACAAUAUCUUCUGAACUUUUUUUUUAGGUAGGACUCUCAUAUCUUAUGUAUAGAUUCCUUGUGGCAAGACCUUAUAUUUCAUACCUUAAAUUUUUUUCAUGUACCCAGUGACCUUGUUCAUAAUAUUAUGUAUCAUGGUUAUGUUGGGACCCUAUGGAGCUAGGUUAGGCCACAAUAUGCAGUCAACAUUUUUCAUGAGAAUAAAGAUUGCAAAAAAAAAACCUGUUCAAAAUCACAAUAGCAGAACAGCAGGGCCACGGUGACUCCGUCACCGGUACAUGUAAGUGAUGUGGCCCAUCAGCCUCCUGUUAUGUUUUGCACUUUUCACCAAUCAUGAUGAAUGGAAAGAGCUAGUGUAUAUAAACAUUGUUAUUGAUUUUAUAUAAUAUGUAAAUUAAAUAUAAUUGACAUGAAAUAUUAAAGAAAGACAACAA